AUGGACUCAUUUCGCGGCGUUCCCCCUCUGAAGGCGGACAUGGAGAGUGCCUAUCCCGCCGCCCUCCAAACAAAGCAAGAGUUCAACAGCACGGCGAGCACUCCCACCAUCGACGGCGGUUUUGAAAAGGGCAAACCCGACGACCACGGCCACGGCCACGGCCAUGGCCACGGAGGCAUCGACAUCUACGACCCCAACCGACCUAAACUUGGAUUCAAACAACGCUUGCACCACUUUACCUGGGCAUGGUACACGCUGCCCAUGGCAACGGGAGGUCUCUCGCUGCUCAUCUUUGCGCAGCCCCACCAGUUUCCUGGCCUAAAGUCAAUAGGCAUGGUGAUAUACGUUGUUAAUCUCUUCAUCUUCGCCAUUGUAUCGACAUUGCUCAUCGCCCGGUUCCUCAUCCACUCGGGCGACAUGUCGGCCUCGCUCAAGCACCCUCGAGAAGGGUUCUUCGUACCAACGUUCUUCCUCGCCACGGCCACUCUCAUCACAAGCUCAGACCGCUACGCCAUACCCAAAAACGAUCCGGGACUUGUAUGGGCUGUGCAGGGCGCAUUUUUCGGCUACAUGAUUGUCACUUUGAUUCUCGCCAUCGGACAAUACAGCUUCGUCUUUGCGGCCCACAGCUUCGGACUGCAGACGAUGAUGCCGACGUGGAUUCUGCCCAUCUUCCCCAUCAUGCUGACGGGGACAAUCGCAUCCGUCAUCGCCGAGACGCAGCCCGCCGCGGCAGCAGUGCCCAUCAUCGUCGCCGGCCUGUCAUGUCAGGGACUGGGCUUCGCCGUCGCCGUCCUGAUGUACGCACACAUGGUCGGUCGUCUCAUGCAAGCUGGAUUGCCAAAUCGGGAACAUCGGCCCGGACUGUUCAUGUGUGUGGGGCCGCCGGCAUUCACAGCCUUGGCGCUCAUCGGCAUGGCCAAGGGAAUUCCCUCGGUUGCCAGCACGGACAAGGUCGGCAUGCCUGUUGAUCUGACUACUAUUCGGACCAUGGCCCUCAUCAGUGCUAUUUUCCUCUGGUCCGUCAGUUUUUGGUGGUUUGGCAUUGCUACCGUCGCUGUUGUCCAGGCCGUGCCUAAGUACUUCCAUCUCGGCUGGUGGGCUAUGAUCUUCCCCAACGUGGGCUUCAUUCUUGCAACGAUAUCCAUUGCCAAUGAACUAAAUAACGAUGGAGUGAAGUGGGUGGCUACCGCGCUAAGCGUUAUUCUGGGCCUCAUGUACUUCUUUGUCUUGUUUUUCAACAUCAAGGCCGUCAUCACACAAGACAUUAUGUACCCUGGGAGAGACGAGGAUGUUGAGGACCACUGA